AGAAGGCGACCCUGCAAUCAGAUCUCUCGCUCCUCAUGCGCCUCUUCAUACUUGGCUCCUCUCUCAUCAACGUUCUUCCUUUUUCUUUCGCUUCGCCAUAACUCUCAUUCCAUCACCUGCAUUCCAAUUCCUAGAGUCACAGUCAUAUGGCAACAAAAAAGACAACCCCGUCCAAGGGUCGGAGGCGCACACCUCCCAACCCAAAUCCUGAGUACGAGUUCCUUGGCCCUCCAGGUGCGGUUGCUAUGCUCAUAGCGCUUCCUCUGGUCACCUACGGACUCUACUUCAACUGUCGCCCAGGAUUCGGAUGCAUUCCAGCUUACUGGAACUCCAAGGACGGAUACUGGCCCUCGGUCGGUACCGAUCCUUCUACCUACCCUACUGAUCUGUGGAACUUUUUCGUCUCCACAUGGGACACAGACGCCUUCUACACCUACUCGGCCUUCAUGCUGUUUCUAUUCAUUUGUUACUUUGUUAUUCCCGGACAAGUUGUCGAGGGUACAGUGGUCGGGGGAGUGGGAGGAUCGCCCUUGACCAAGGACCGAUCUAAUUAUAAGUUGAAGUACAAGGUCAAUGCCCUCAGGACUUUGCUUUUGAUCGCGGUUCUGAUUAUUGCCACUUUGUUCAUCAAGGGCGUCGAGCCAUUCCUGUUCUUGCAUGAUCACUUCCUGGGGCUGAUUACUGCCUCGUUGGUCUGGACGUUCGGCGUUUCGAUUUUUGUCUAUGUCUGGUCGUUCAUUCCUGACAGCAACGGUCAGGAGAAGAUCCUUGCCUGCGGUGGUAACACCGGCAAUAAGAUUUAUGAUUUCGUGCUUGGACGUGAGCUCAACCCUCGCUUCAGCCCCUCGCCUGACUCGACAUUCGACAUCAAGUACUUUAUCGAGCUCCGUCCUGGUCUCAUCGGCUGGAUUCUGCUCAACUUUGGCAUGGCCUGCAAGCAAUACCACGACCUCGGACGCAUCACCAACUCCAUGAUUUUUGUCCAAACCUUCGAGACCUUUUACGUCGUGGACUCACUCUGGAACGAAUCUGCUGUGUUGACGACCAUGGAUAUCACCACAGACGGAUUCGGAUUCAUGUUGGCGAAUGGACUGCUGACCUGGUUGCCCAUGAAUUACUCGUUGCAGGCGCGAUACUUGGCUGCUUUCCCUGUUGACAUGAGUUUGACUCAUUCCUUGAUUGUCGUUGCAGUGCAGUGCAUCGGCUAUUAUAUCUUCAGGGGCGCCAAUGGUCAGAAGGAUAACUUCAGACGCUACGGUGCCUCCGCGCCUCAGAACAAGGGCCUGAAGUACAUGGAGACAGCAACUGGGUCCAAGCUGCUGAUCAGUGGAUGGUGGGGUACUGCCCGCCAUAUUAACUACUUUGGCGACUGGCUGAUGGCCCUUGCCUGGUCAUUGCCCUGUGGUCUUUUAAGCCCAAUCCCUUACUUUUACCCAAUCUACUUUGCCGUGCUGUUGUUCCACCGCGAGCGGAGGGACGAGGAAAAGUGCCGCAAGAAGUAUGGCAAGGACUGGGAGAAGUACUGCGAGAAAGUCAAGUGGCGAAUCAUUCCCUACGUUUACUAGAUGUGCAGCACGUAUUUUCUUUGCCUGAUUUUUGUCUGCUUUCUAUCCUUGAUGAUUAAUAAACGCGGAAAUAACUUCAAUAAAUGGAGGAAAGGUUGC